AGACACUUUGACAAGACCAGCGAAGACAGCAGAGUUCGAGUUUGCAAGGGAUCACAUCUCUGUAGUCUACUUACACUCUGUGGAAAGCAACAUGUGGAGCUCAGUUAUGGUGUUCUGGUUGGCCCUUCAUCUAAUCCGUGGGACCGCUGGUGCAGUCCAUGCCAAUUCCCAGUUUGGAGAGACUCAACCCAGUCAGCUCCAGAGAGUAGAGGAGACAUCCUUCCUGUCCGACCUUGGUGAAGGAUCAUACUCAUCACUUUUCCCAGCACCUUUUAUUGCUGAUAAUGGAGAAAACCUUGAUGUUGUUGGUGGAUUAAACAAUGGGGCAGAGGAUGUGUCUGGCUCGGCCCGCCUGCAGAGGCGAGGCCUACGCACCCCCCGUCGCUGCUUCCGGCACCAGGAGUCCUGCCUGGGCCACCAGCUGCCCUGCUGUGACCCCUGCGACUCCUGCUACUGCCGCUUCUUCAACGCCAUCUGCUACUGCCGCCGGAUAGGGGGGCCCUGCCAGCACGGCCGUCACUAGCCGCCCCGCAUCUGGCCGGGC